AUGUACCCUUUUGUACAAAGAGUUUACAAAUACCACACACAUUCACUUUCAUUCUAUUCUCGUCUCAUACCCCACUGCCUCUCAUUCAGUUCUUUGCAAAUACUUCAUGGGAAAUUAAUAAAACUUGGUUUCAACAAGAAUACUUUUCUGGGUAAUUGUUAUCUUGAUUUGUAUAGCAAGUUUGGUACAAAAAUUGAUGCUUUUAAAGUCUUUGAUGAAAUACCAUACAAGAAUGUUGUGUCCUGGAAUAUAUGGUUGAAGGUGCUAGUUCAGUCAGGUGAUGUGCAUUGUGCACGCCAAUUGUUUGAUGAAAUGCCUGAGAGAGAUGUUGUGAGUUGGAAUUCGAUGAUUUCGGGGUAUGCUUUGUAUGGGUUGUUUGAGAAUGCUUUGGGUGUUUUCUUGGAAAUGCAAAAGUAUGGUAUUAGGCCUAGUGGAUAUACUUACUCGAUAUUGGUUUCACAUGUAGAGUUUGCUUUCCAUGGCAAGGAGAUACAUGGAAAUAUGCUAAGGAAUGGUGUGGAUUUGUCUAAUGUGGUGGUUGGGAAUUCACUGAUUGAUAUGUAUGGAAAGCUUGGGAUAGUAGACUAUGCUACUGGUGUAUUUUUAGCCAUGGAGACAGUGGAUGUUAUUUCAUGGAACUCAUUGAUUUCGAGCUGUUGUAAAUCAGGGUAUGAAGAUACAGCUCUGUCUUAUUUCUCUUUGAUGAGAGCUUGCAAAUAUUCACCGGAUGGGUUCACAAUGUCUUCAGUGCUUAUUGGCUGUUCAAACUUGCGCAGUUUGGAGAAGGGCAAGCAAAUCUUAUGUCUUUGCGUAAAGAUGGGAUUUUUGUGCAACACUAUUGUUUCAAGUGCAGCAAUUGACUUGUUUUCUCACUGCAACAGAAUUGAGUAUUCAGCUCGUAUAUUUAAGGAUUCAAAUAUUUGGGAUACAGCUCUGUGCAAUUCAAUGAUUUCGAGCUAUGCACUGAACAGUUUAGAAGAAAAUGCCUUGCAGCUAUUUGUCCUAACUUUGAGGAAAAAUAUUAGAGCUACUGAGUUUACACUCAGCUGCAUUCUUAGCUGUACUACAACUUUCCCUGUGGAUCUGGGGAUUCAAGCUCAUUCUUUGGUCAUCAAGUUAGGCUUUGUAUCAGAUCCUGUUGUUUCCACUUCACUUGUAGAUAUGUACUGUAAAUAUGGAUUGAUUGAUUCCGCCGCAAAUAUUUUCAAUGACCUACUAACAAGAGAUUUGAUAUCGUGGAACACCAUGAUCUUUGGGCUGGCUAUCAAUGGUGAAUCUACCAAAUCACUCAGCCUUUAUUAUGAACUACUUGAACUUGGUGGUCAACCAGAUCGAAUAACAUUGACUGCGCUUCUGUUAGCUUGCAGCUAUGGUGGAUUUGUCGAUGAAGGUAUAUCCAUAUUUUCUUCAAUGGAAGAGGAAUAUGGAAUCACACCUGGCAUUGAGCACUACACUUGUGUUGUGGGCAUGAUGACCAGGGCUGGUAAACUUAAAGAAGCCGGAGAUAUAUUACAAAAUAUGCCUCACGAGCCCAACAGUGAAAUGUGGGAAUCAAUACUUCUUGCUUGUGAUAUUUAUGGGGACUUGAAAGCAACUGAAAAGGUUGCAGGGAAGAUAAUGGAGUUAGCACCAGAAUCAUCUCUGCCAUAUUUGGUGCUAGCGCAAGUAUACGAGUCCAGGGGAAGAUGGGAGAGCCUUGUUCGGGUCAGGAAGGAGAUGAAAGAGAGAAUAGAAAACAAAGUAGCUAGUUACAGUUGGAUUAGUGUACGCAGCAGUGUAAUCAUGUACCAAGCAAACCAAAUUCUUAGUUGUGGCAGUAAGGACAUAGGCAUUUAUUCAACGUUGAAGCUAUUGACAGAGGAUACAUGGGAUAAAGGUUUAUGCUAAUCAGUUGCAACUGGGAGUAAUAGCUACUAAACAGAUGAGUAUAGUGCACAAAU